AUGUCCUCAAAAUGGUUGCCGCGUUAUAUGGAAAAUCCAUUUCAAAAGAAUCCAAAGAAAGGAGCUGAAUCCGUCACGAAGGCGUGGUUGGAAAAUGAAGCAGAACAGCUUUUGAAGAAAAUAAUGAACAGAUCUUCGAGUUACGAUGAUUUGCAUGGGGGUGCAUACACCGGUGGAGCCGGUAUUGCAUAUGCUGUGUUAAGAGCGUCUUCAUCAUCAUUUAACCACAGUCGAGAAGAAUCAAUGAAAUACGGAAGACGCGUACUUAUGCAGCAUUUGGAAGCUGUUAGAAAAGUUAAACGUUCAUUGCAGAAAACAAAAGAGUCAAGCCGAGAAACAUGUUAUUUACUGGGAUCGUUAAGUAUUUACGUGAUCUAUAUACUAUAUGAAAAAACAGGAGAAAGAACCAAACAAUUAAUUGACCGUAUUAUUGAAAUUGGUCAUCUUAUAGCCAAUAAUGAUGUACUUGGUGAUGGAGAUGACGAACUGCUUGCGGGACGCGUUGGCUUUCUUGCCGCCGUCAUUACUCUUAGGGAGAAUAUGGCGCAUGAAGUCAUCCCUGAUGCAUGUGUUGGGAACGUUGUAAAUAAAAUAAUUGCCUCUGGUAGAUCUUACGCGAUUUCGAAACAGUUUAAAGUGCCGUUAAUGUAUCAAUAUCAUGGACGUCAUUACCUGGGUGCGGCCCAUGGUCUUAUGGGCAUCCUACAGAUAUUACUUUGCUUUGUUAAAUUUUUGGAUGAGGAGGCAAAAUCUGAUGUCUUGAAAACAGUGGAUUGGAUUGUAUCACUGCAGCUGAAAAAUGGUAACAUUCCUUCUAAAGUGGAAGAGGAAGGAGUCGAUCGAGGUGAGAAUGAACUGGUACAUUGGUGUCAUGGUGCGACUGGUGGUGUUCAUUUGAUGAUUGUUGCCUAUUUACGAACCCACAACGAGAAAUACCUAAAAAAUGCAGAUGUAGCGCUGAAUCUUAUUUGGAAGAAGGGUAUCUUGAUGAAAGGGCCGGGGAUAUGUCAUGGUGCUGCUGGCAGUGGUUAUGCUUUCCUACUGUUUUACCGACUUACCAAGAAACAGCGGUACUUGGAUUGCGCUUGCUGCAUUGCGAAAGCUUUUUGUAGCGAAGAGUUCGAACGAAGGGCUCGGACACCCGACCGACCGUAUAGCUUAUUCGAGGGGAUAAGUGGAGCUUUAUGUUUUAUAUGCGAUUUGCUGGAACCAGAUAAAGCGCAAUUUCCUCUUUUUCGGGAAGUGAAGAAGACCAUGUUUCCUGUUGUGCAUAGGCGAUAUUUUGACAAUCCGUAUUUGACGAAUAGUGAAACUGAGUCGGAUAAGGUAACCAAACAAAUUUUGAAACAAGAAGCUGCAAAUCUCGCAGAAGAAAUCAUGAGACGGCGACAUAAUCCGGAUGAUUACGAUGGAGGGGCCUAUGUCGGAGUCGCAGGUGACGGGUAUAGCGUGCUGUAUGCCUCGCGACUUUUGCCAGAGAAGGCAGAACAGUAUGCAAAUUUCUGCAGUAGAGUAGUAGAGGAGCAGUUAAAGCAAAUCAAGCAGAGUGGACAUCGAAAAGAAGAAGGGCAAUAUUUGCUUGGUACACUUGGGAUAUAUGUCAUCAAAGUCAUAUUGGAUUACGAAAUGAAGAAGUUUGUGAAUCCAACUGUCAUCGAUAAAGUAGUAUCUUUGAUUGAUGUGAUAUGUGCGAAGGAUUAUUUACCGAAUGGUGCAGAUGAAAUGCUUGUUGGUAGAGCCGGCUUUCUAGCAGCAAUUUUAACUUUAAGAAUGCGCUUGCACCAUGACAUCAUAUCUAAUUCACAUGUUAAAAAAGUUAUUGAUUGCAUAGUCGAUUCUGGCCGUUGUUACGCUAAACAGCACAAAUUUCGAGCACCAUUAAUGUAUCGGUAUCAUAAUGUUGAAUACCUCGGUGCUGCUCAUGGUUUGAUGGGUAUUCUACAAAUGCUCCUUAGUUUUUCUGAUCUUUUGGACGAUACAGCAUUAAGAGAUGUUGAAAGUACAUUGGAUUGGCUUCUGGAAAUACAGGCAGAAAAUGGUAAUUUUGCUCCAAGUGUUGACGAGAUCGGCAUAAAUCGUGGAUCCAACGAACUUCUGCAUUGGUGUCAUGGCGCAACUGGAGCUGUUCAUUUAAUGAUUGUUGCUUAUUUAUGUACUAAAAAAGUGAAGUUUUUAAAGGCAGCUGAAAAAGCGCUUGAUCUUAUUUGGAAACGGGGUGUUCUACGUAAAGGGCCAGGAAUUUGUCAUGGUGUUGCAGGUGGUGGUUAUGCGUUUCUUCUAUAUUAUCGUCUAACCCAAAAAGCUAAGUACCUCAAAUAUGCGCAAUGUUUUGCUCGAAUCGCAUACGACCAGAAUUUCAGAAAGCAUGCUCGAAUACCAGAUAGUCCAUAUAGUUUAUUUGAAGGCAUUGGUGGCACUUUUGAUGAAGAUUAUGAAAGGGCGGCAAGAGUAGCAAUAGAUAGACAAAAUGCGAUAAUGGGACUAAUAGUGGUAUGCAAAUCGCACAGCAUGUUGUCUCCUCUUUGCAUUGCCAUAGAAGCCGGUGUUCCUAUGUCUUCAUGUUGUCAAUUUGUCUACAUUGACACUGUUUUAUCCUCAUGGACUUUCACAUAA